AAUCCCAACUUGAAGAUUUUUUUUGGCGGAAUCAGAGCAAGGCACACACAGAUUUCUGAGAAAGGAAAGCAAAGACCAAAGAAGCCAUUGAGUUUGAAGAUUGAGCCAAGAAAGGUUUUGGGUUACGUCUGGUUUGGCGCUUUCUUCGCCCCAAUGCCCUCAACCUUAACCAAAUAACUGGACCAAAUCUCUCUCUCUCUUCGAAAAAUAACUUACCUUCUCUCCAUUUUACUACUUUCUCUCUCUCUUCCCUUUAUUUAUCUUCUCUUUUAUUCAAACUUUGAGUGGCUUUCUGGUAGCCCAAAACAAAACAAAAACAGAUACACAAAAUUUUUCCUCCAUUUCCCGGCUACCCACAUCGGAAGUUCACAUCUUUGCUCCGACCCAGAUCGAAUCCGGACCCGAAUACCAAGCCACCAACCCCGCAUUGACAAUUGCGAUGAACCCACAAUAGAAAUGCAUGUGGGUCAUUAAGCGUGUCAGUUGUCAAUGAUAAAAGUUGGAGGAAGGGGUUGAAAUGUAAAGCCGGAUUCGGGUGCGGAUACGGGUUUGUUUUCAGAUUCAUGGGGAUUUGUUUCAGUUCUGAAAAGAAGCAGCAUUCCAAUUGUAAUCAGACAAGCCCACCAGGACAUGGCUCUGCUGCUUGUCCAACUCCCGAUAAAAGUGCAAUCAACACUCCUUUGGCUUCCAAGAAUGUCAAAGACCUACGGCAAAGUCCCGGAUAUAUCAAUGUCAGCAUCUUUACUUACGAUGAGAUGAGUUUGGCCACAAAACGUUUCCGGCCAGAGCUAAUUCUUGGUGAGGGUGGGUUUGGAGUUGUAUAUAAAGGAGUUGUUGAUGACACCGUGAGGACAGGUUACAAGACCACACAAGUUGCCAUCAAGGAGCUUAAUCGAGAAGGGUACCAAGGUGAUAGGGAAUGGCUGGCAGAAGUUAACUAUCUAGGUCAGCUUAGUCACCCUAAUCUUGUGAAGCUGAUUGGCUACUGCUGUGAGGAUGAGCAUCGGCUACUGGUCUACGAAUACAUGGCAAGUGGCAGCCUGGAAAAACAUCUAUUUCGUAGAGUGGGCUGUACGCUUACAUGGUCAAGAAGAAUGAAGAUUGCUUUAGAUGCUGCAAAAGGGCUUGCUUUUCUUCAUGGUGCAGAGCGACCAAUCAUUUACCGUGACUUUAAGACAUCAAAUAUAUUGUUGGAUGGGGAUUUUAAUGCAAAGCUUUCGGACUUCGGCCUUGCAAAGGAAGGGCCUAUGGGAGAUCAAACCCAUGUUUCAACAAGAGUGAUGGGCACAUAUGGAUAUGCUGCUCCUGAGUAUGUAAUGACUGGGCAUCUAACUGCUCGAAGUGAUGUUUAUGGAUUUGGAGUGGUGCUACUUGAGCUGCUCAUUGGACGAAGAGCAAUGGAUAAGAGCAGGCCCAGCCGAGAACACAACCUGGUUGAGUGGGCUCGUCCACUCUUGAACCACAAUAAGAAGCUUCUGAGGAUUGUAGACCCUAGGUUGGAAGGGCAGUACUCAUUUAAAACUGCAAUGAAGGUGGCCCAGUUGGCAUAUCAAUGCCUUAGCCAAAACCCCAAAGGGAGGCCCCUUAUGAGCCAGGUGGUUGACAUCCUUGAGACUCUUCAGUCAUCAGGAAACCACGAACUUCAAAGCGGAGAUGGUGCUGUAACUCUUUACGAGGCUCCCAAGGGAACAAUUGUUAGUCCUGCUAAGAAGAGAAGCCAGAACAGAAGAGACGGUGAAAGGGGAGGAGAGGCGCAUAGGAGCAAUCCGGGAAAUGGAAGGAGCAAGAGUGAGCCUAUGAAUGAUUUCGAUCGUAAUAACUUGUCUCCAAAUUUUGUGUCGCAUGAAAAGUAGCUUUUAAACUUGUACCAGAUAAUGGAUGGAGGUUGAAAUUGUACAAGAUAAUAUCAACUGGGCUAUCCAUUUGGUGUUUUUGAGUUAAAUUCAUGCCCCCUCGGGGCCAAAUUUGUGAUUUAUAAUUUGUAAUACAUUUUCUAACACUAUUGUAUGCGCUACCUUGUACGUUGUGAUUUUAGUAUAGCAUCUGAAGAAAGGCCUUCAGCAUUCUCUU